UAAUCGGACUUGUUCGCAAUUGUAAAAAAAAAACAAACAGAAAAAACUAGCACCAAUUAGUUCGUCAGUUCCAGGCAACGUGCCAGGUAGCUAACUUAUCCAUUCUGUAUUAGAUUUCGCUGUCGGAACAGCGGAGAGACAAAUAUAGUUUACAAGCUUGCCAGUUUUGCCGAUGUUAAAAGAUGUCCUUCACAAUGGAAGAUAAUUUGGAGUCGGGAUGGGUUGCGGUUCGACCAAAUGUUUUUGAGGAAAAAGAAAAGCACAAAUUCGUUUUUAUCGUGGCUUGGAAUGAGAUCGAAGGGAAGUUUGCGAUUACAUGUCACAAUAGAACCGUGCAGAGACGGAGCAUCGCCAGCGACCCGGGAGCCGAAGGAACAUUAGCCUCGGGGGCCGGAGCGACCGAGAAUAAACACAGAAGUUUAAAAAGUCCCGUAAAGCAGAAGGAUGAUGAUGGCCGUCAAAACGGAACCAAAGGUCGGCAAAGUGGCACAAAAAGUUACACGUCAGGCGCAACAGGGGUACUGAGCCCCGUUAAAAGUGGCAGUAAGAUUUGCGGAAUAAUGGGCAAAAGCCCCACUGCAGUGCUGGACAUUGAGAUUUUGGAUCCAACUGGCGAACAGCACACCAUAGAACCGGGCGAAGCGCCAGAUUCUGAAGACUCUGAACAUAAUGUCCGUGAGGACUGUAGCUGGGCUGGACUUUUCUCCUUCCAGGACUUCAGGGCUAUUCAUCUGCAGCUGUGCUCUGUCAAUUCGGACCUGGAACCAUGUUUGCCUGCGCUGCCGGAGGAGCCGUCGGGGAUGUGGACGGUGUUGUUUGGCUCUCCAGAGGUCACUCAAUCCGAGAUGGAUACACUUUGCUACCAGCUACAGGUCUACCUAGGUCAUGCACUGGACACUUGCGGGUGGAAGAUUCUUUCCCAGGUGCUGUUCACGGAUAGCGACGACCCGGAGGAGUACUACGAGAGUUUGAGUGAGCUAAGACAGAAAGGAUACGAGGACGCGCUCCAUAGAGCCAAGAAGCGCCUGCAAGGGCUCCUGGAGAGACACCGGGCGAUGGACAGCAUGGCGGGGCUGCUGCAGCUGUACGAGGAGGAGGAUCAGGCAUACGCGGACCUGGCCCAGGCUACCACCCAGCUCUACCAGUUCCUCCUGCAGCCCUUCAGAGACAUGAGGGAGCUGGCCAUGCUGAGGAGGCAGCAGAUCAAGAUCUCCAUGGAGACGGACUACCUGGGCCCACGCAGGGUGGCGGCCUUACGGAAGGAGGACUCUGAUUGGCAGAAGAAGGCCCACGAGGCCGUGCUCUGCAUCCAGGACUUCACCGUCAAGUACUUUGAGAUCACGGCGCGGGCGCAGAAAGCCCUGUUGGAGCGCAUGCGUGCGGAUCAGAAGCGACUCAGCUCGUCUGCGUGGGCUGCAGCAGUGCAACGUAUGGAGAAGCUGCAGAACGCCGUUUCCACGGAGACGCUGCAGCUGCUGCGCGCCAAGGAGAUCUGCCUGGAGCAGAGGAAGCAUGCGCUGAGAGAGGAGAUGCAGGCUCUGCAGGUGGGAGAGGGUGCUAUAACACGGCUGCACCAGUUGGAGACGCUGUACUACGAGCAGCAGCUGCAGCUGUAUGAGAUCCAGUGUGACAUCCUCCGGUACGAGGAGCUGCUCCUCACCGCACAGCUCCACAGCCUGCGCAGGCAGAUCACCGAGCGGCAGGACGAGGUGGUGUACUACGACACGUACGAGAGCACGGACGCCAUGCAGAACACGGAUAACACACGGAACACGGAUAAGACGCGAGACACAGAAACCACGCAGAACACGGAUAGCACGCGGAACACGGAUACGGAUAAGACGCGAGACACAGAAACCACGCAGAACACGGAUAGCACGCAGAACACGGUUACUACAUGGGACUCGGACGAUGCGUCUGCAGUACAGAGGGAGGAGCUGCUCCUCCUGCAGCAGAGGACCCGGCAGCUAGAGGCCAGGAGGGGGCGCAUUACCGCCAAGAAGGCCUACCUCCGACACAAGAAGGAAAUCUGUAUAGCCAAUCACAAUGAGAAGAUGCAGCAUAGGCAGGAGAACCAGGGGGACUGCACUACCUAUCAUGCCUUGCAGCAGCAGAGAGAUGAGGAGGAAGAGAAGAGGAAGAACAGCGGGAUCAGCGAACGGCAGAAAACCCUGGACAGACUGCGCAGCUUCAAACAGCGGUAUCCGGGUCAGGUGGUGCUGAAGUCUUCACGGCUGAGGCUAGCACACAAUCGAAGGCAGAGUGGCCGGAGUGGGGUCCUGGAUCAGCCACAGUCCCUGUGUGCCAGCGUCCAGACAGAGGAGAGCGCCCUCACACUGAUCUCAGAUCAGCCAGGAUGGCCUGGGUGUGAGGGAGCUUCGUUACCACCAGGGGGCACCGCUACCCUCGAGCCUCUAUCAGGCCCCACCUCCCUACCUUCACAGAGCCAUCUAUCAGCUCUGAGCUUGUCACGGGUAAACCCGCCCCCUCCCCCACCCCCUCCUCCACCCCCACCCCCCUCUCUCUCCUCAGAGGACAUCGCCGGUGAGAAGGAGGGGCAUCAGGCCAGUCCCGCCCGCUCUCCCAAGAAGGGUGGGGCAGAGGACUCCGUGGCCCCCCUCAUGGCCCCCCCCGCCGCCCGCUUCUUCGACAGCAGCCAGCUACUCUCCGCUCGGAGGAAGCUGAAGAAGACCAGCGCCAUGGAAGCCUCACAGAGGAGGACACUGAGCUCUCCCAUGGACGAGGUGCUGGCGUCUCUGAAGCGCGGCUGUUUCCGGCUGCGGAAGGUGGAGCAGCGGGUGCUGCCGCCCGACCCUGACGAGGACGAGGCCAACAACAUCCUGGCGCAGAUCCGCCGGGGCGUGGCGCUCAGGCAGGUGCAGCGCAGGGAGAUCCGCCAUUCGCUGGGCGAGCUGCGAGACUCCGCCCACCCGCUGACGCGCAGCAUCCACGAGGCGCUGCGGCGCAUCAAGGAGGCGUCGCCCGAGUCCGACUCCGAGGAGGAGGGGCUAGCCUGCGGCGAGUGGGAGUGACGGCUCCGCCCACUCACUCCAGACCCCGCCUCCUCUCCGUGCAGAGUAGGAGUGACGGCUCCGCCCACUCACACCAGACCCCGCCUCCUCUCCGUGCGGAGUAGGAGUGACGGAUCCGCCCACUUAGACCAGACCCCGCCUCGUCUCUCUGUGCGGAGUGGGAGUGACAGCGCCGCCCAUGCAACAUGACCCCGCCCCAUCCGACCAGACCCCGCCUCCUCUCUGUGCCGAGUGGGAGUGCUAGCUCCGCCCACUCAUACCAGACCCCGCCCACUGUCUCUGACAAAGGCUCGCCCUCGCCUCCAGAUGGAGCUCAUUGCUGUGUUUUAGUUUUUUCUCUCCUUUAUUUUUUAUUUCCAUUCCAGCACUGCCCACAAUGGAAUGGAGCUCCACACUUUAGAUGGUUUCAGGAGUUACUGGACCCCCCUAACACCACACAACUGUCUCAUUUUACUGUAUCCAGUUUCAUCUGCCAAGGGAUCAACAACCAUUUUGCCAUAGCUACCGAAGACCUCUGACACUGUCGAUUUUUAGACUGCUUUCUUUUUUGGCUUAAUUUUGUUUGUUCAGUUAUCGAGGGCUAAAGAUAGCACUCACCUUAAAGAAUUGUCAAAUUAGAUUUUUAAAUUAUGUCAUUUAUUUCUUGUGUCCCAACCACAGGCGAGCGGCAUAAAAGUACUUUUAUCAUAAUUAUGGUGCAACAAAGUAUUUUCCAGCAGCAGAGUACUUUAUGGCAAUUGUGAGUACUUUACGGCAGUUCUGAGUAUGUUACUGUAAUUGUGAGUACAUUGCGGCAAUUCUGAGUAUGUUAUAGUAAUUGUGAGUACUUUACAGUAGUUGUGAGUUUUCAUCCCUCAUAUGUACAGUAUGUGAACUCCAGUCCAGUCAGGAAAACAUAUUAUUAUGAAGAUGCAUGUUGUAGCAGAACACUAUAUUGAAGGAGCUCAAACCUCAUCUCUAGAUUUAUUCUUAAGGAGAAUAUCAUCAAAGCAUGUUGUUAUCAGACCUCCUGCUGUUCUGUGGACACAAUCAAAAAAGGGAUACACGGCGAUGAAGAUUUCAGUUGACGUUUUGAGACGCAUCUCGUUUUUCAAUCAGUGCUUUGAAGGAAAGUUAAUUAUGCUUCAUUGUGUUUCUCUAUCAUCAUCAUCAUCAUUGUCUUAUGGCUGUUUCUUUCAAUAGGACUUCAGGAGAUUCAAAUACUUUAUAUUUUAUACCCUUCACUUAACUGGUCAGUUACAUGACUGUAAUUUUAUAUAAUGUUUAUUUAUUUAUUUGUAGUUUUGAUAACUUAAAUGCUGAUGCAAUAAUGAAGACCGAUCUCGAUGGCAAGCAGUUGUUAGCAAUGUCCUAUCCAAGUAUGUCAAAAAUAUGCUUCAUUUUAAAGGUUAAUAUUCGGUGAUGCAUGAAGUAGUAUAUGAAAAGGGCACCUCCAUGAAUUUGAUUUUAAUUUUUAAAUUCAAAAUGAUGAAAGACCUUUAUUGAUCAAUGUCAUUGUGUAAAGUUGUGAGCAGGGUGGUGUGUUUAAGGUAGUGCUGAGUGCUUUGUUGAUGGUGGCAGUGCAGGAGAGCGCUGAGGGAGUCUGGCUUGUGUGCAGUCUUUCAGCUGGCUGAGACAGGGGCCCAAGCUUUGGCCCCCGCACUGUGGAGCCUCCGUGACUGACUGACCGAAGGGUGCUCUCCUCUGUCCUGGUUCAGAACCUAACCUUAAUUGGCCUACCCCCCUGAAUGCUAAUAAGUUAGUACACCACCGCACAUUAGUACAAAUAUGAAUGUUACUCUCUUGGCAUUUUUUCUUGGAUUUUGAUGGAUUGCCACCCCUUGAUGCGUUAAUGUCGGGUAUAGUGGUACAGUGUUGACGCACACUCUGAAAGUGAUCUUGGCUGAAUCUUUAUUUUGUACCUGAAUGUACUGGCUGCUGGAGUUGAUUGAUCCAGACAUUGUAUCCAGUGUACAAGGCUCACCCAGCUGAGAUAACCGCGCUGGGAUCGAUAUCACGCCUCGUAGCCUCCUGUACACCACGCCAGCUUCGCCCCAGGCCCCCAGCUUCAGACGACCCUGAAGAAGCAGCAUCCUUAAAGCCCGCUCACACAAGCUAAAAUCUCUCUUUAUAGUUCUACCCUCUUAGGAGCAUGGGAAAUCAUUUACUCAGUAAUGUUGGAUUACAAUCCGAGCUAUGAGCUCUGAAGCAAAAUGGAUGCAUUGUGUUGGACAGAAUUAGUAAAACUGAAAGGAGUGAGACUGCUUCGCUUUGCAGAAAGGAUUUGUUUCAGAUUUCCGAGCCGUGUGCAGUUUGACAUGCUGGUUACAGGCAGAUUUUGUGAUUCAUCCCAAGGAUAAAAUCCCUGAAUGACAUUUCUUCAAAGUAGCUAUGUACAUGGCUGACCCGAGGUUGGACAGAUAGAUAGGUUUUGUAGUUAUGUAGAUGCUUCUCUGCAUCAUGAAAUAUGACAUUACGCUCAGUUUGGUUUUGAGAAUCCUUCACCACUGAAUUUGAGGCUCCCGGUAACAGCUUUUUAAAACUAUAUUCUAGUUUGAGAACUCUGAUGAUUCUAAAUGGAUUCCGAAUCAAAAGCUGGAGUUGUGCCGUGUGGGAGGUCUAAACACACCCUCUUCACAGGGAGGAUCUGUCAAUCACGCGGUAAACUCAGAGAGCUCCUCCAUACGUCCCGGCGUCUCUUUCAUCUUACUGCCGCCGAACAGGGAGCCUCCUGCCCUGGUGAGUCAGCCGCGUGAUCAUUUCAUAUGCAGGCAAAGCAAAAACAGCUUUGACUGACAGACGGCUCUGCCCUAUAUUAUUGAGGGGAUCUGCUCACUGGAGAGCAGCGUUUACCCAUAAUGCCAUUCUUCACACGCGGGCUGUGUGAUGCGUUCUAUACAAAGGUUUAAACCAGUGGUGUCAAACUCCAGUUCUGGUUUUCCGGUUCUCGGCACCAGUGGUUCAUUUACGUCAUUGAUUGGCUAAAGAAUCCACACACCUUGUUCUCAUGGCCUUAAUUGACAGCUGAUUGAAAGGAAACCACAAAAACCUGCAGACACUGCGGCCCCCUGGGAAUUCAGUGACACCCCUGGUUUAAACCCUUUUGUUUUCACACAGCUACAUGCCCACCCUCCUGAGUCUGCUGUCUAAGCUGCUGUAAUGGCGGUGCGUGUGUCUUUGCUGUCCCACACUCACACAGCUCCAGGACACCACCUGCUGUAGGAGUGCUGCAGGGAUCCUCUCAGAGCUUCUGCCCCCCUAACUCAAAAAAAUGUAAUAUCUCAUUUAGCAUCUUCGAUGGCUAUUAAACAAAUGUAACAUUACCAACAAUAUUUCUUUUUAGUCUAAAAUGGGUCUAUAAUUUUGUAUGAUUACACUAUAUUUAACCAAUAUUUAUUUUGUCCUGCCCCCACUGUGUGUUAUAUUUAGUUGGGAUUGUGUUCAUUUGAAAUAUUAUGCAACAGAAUUUUUUUUUUAAGAUGGACAAAGACAUUCAGCAAAAUCAAAACAUUCAGUUUCAUACUUCAGUUCCCAUCAACUCAGUGAAGCUGUUUUAUUCCGGUUCAGGGAACAGUGAUGAGCUUUCUCCGCUGGCUUAGGCUGACCUUAGAUUUUGGUGUGUUUUUCUAGUACCUUUAUUAUCAUGUGUGGUGUUUUACUCCUCCUGUACGUUGUGUUUUUUAUAUGAUUUGAAGUACUCUUCAGACUUUUCAGUGUAACUAGUCUGCCAUAAACGUCCAUGGCAAGUUUACCACUCGUGCUGAGACACUGAAUUUGGCCCUGCCUGUAGACUAUCCAGUGCUUCAGAAGAAAGGGGCUUUGUUCAGCAGGCCUAAUGUUGUGGGUGGGAGUUUUUAAACACGUUAUUACGUGAGCAGGUCCAGAGCAGCUGCAGAGCAGCUCCAGCAGUGGACGUGAUUGGCUCCUGGUUUUUCAGAUGGGUCUGAGAUGAGCGGUGAACUCUAGAGUACCUCCCGCUUGAGCACACAAACGUGCUUUCUGACCGGACCCAACAUGGUUCGUGUUACUUUUGCUUUUCUGUAUCAACUCUCCUUUUACCUUAAAAUUACAUUCACAGGCUGAUUUAUUGAGUUAUUACAGCUAUUAAAUUGCAGUAUUGUUUUGGUGGUUGCGAUGUUUGUUUAGUUGGUAAAGGGAUCAAAACCGAUGUAGUUUUAUUAUUAAGGCAUUUUUUUGCACUGUUAACCCUUAAUCUUUAGUUUUGGGGCCGGUUUCACAGACAGAUUAAUCUUAGUCCUGGACUAGUUUUGUAUGGAGAAUUUACAUUCACAAUUGAAUUUAGUCUGUGUCUAUGUUAAUCUGUAUCUGCAAAACUGCCCCUUGGUGUUUAAUGCUCUUUUUAUAUUAUACUGGUGAAACUUCACAAAACGCUCAAUGUAAUUAGAGUGCAGAAUGUGUGCUUGCAGUCGGUGAAUAACCGGCCAUUCUAGUAUGGAAGAUCCUCGUGCAGGUCAUAGUGUGGUUUGUCAGAUGGCCUGUGUAUGCGUAAUGAAGACGUGCUGAUGACCACAGCCGCAGAGAGAAGAGCGUAGCGCAGUGGAACGAUGGGACGUGUGUGUGUGUGCUUCUAAUAGUAUUAACGGCUCCGAGUGUCUUAUUUAUCUGCCUCACAUGCGUUUCUUGUGCUUUUCCUCGUGAGUGUAGAGUCAGCGUUACCUCCGCUGCUUCACCAUGCCGGCGAGUUGAAGCACGUUGUUUUUGUUUUGCGUGAAUCAUCACUGUGGCGUGUAGGCAGGCGGUGAGCCUGCUGUUGGACCAUAUGUUUCUGCGCACACCAGAGCACGCGUGUGAAAAUCCCACACGCCUGAGACUCACUAAUGGAGUUUAACGAUCAAUUAGCCAAGCUGAGAUUUCUCAGUCAGUGCCGCCUCCCCCGUUUUCUCUCAUUUUAUACCAAAAAUUGUUUCUGCGUAGUCCUUAUACGUUUUUAUUUGGUUUAGGCCUAGCUUCUUCAUUAAUUAGCUUCAUGUGUAACCAGCUACUAAUUGGAAGACUGACAGUGGCACUGAAUAUAAGUACAAGUGUAAUGAAGUGAAUGUUGAUCUAGCGAGGAAACGUUUACUGAUGUUGGAAAAUCUUUUAUUUAAUUUUUACGUUUAACCAGUUUGAAUUUGUUAUUUUGCUGUUGUUAUGGUGAGCUUGGUUCAGAUGGAGAGCACACAGGUAUACAGUGAGGGCAAGUGUUUGAAUGCAGAUGCACUGACAGCUCACUGGCUGCUGAUCUGAAGUAAAUGUGUGCCACUCACUACAAAAGGCUAAUCUGUGGCACAGCCUUGCGCAUUUGUUGACCUCUCUUAAAAACUGACAGACCUUAGGAAAAAACAUGCACCCUUGCUAUUGGCAUAUGACUAGUCAUUUGACUAUGCAUGUACUGUACUGUUUAAGUCAAGUACUUGAGUUUUUCUCUUAAGUUUUUAUCUCUCAGUCUGCCGCCAGUUUGUAAACUGUUCUCUGCUAAACCUGCUACUGUUUCACUUUGUCUUUAUAUAUAUUUUAUAUAUUUCCCCCCAGAUCUUGUCUCCAUAUUACUUCCAGAUUACAUGACAAAGUUUGACAGUAAACAUUGCAUUUUAUGACGUUAUAUAUCUGUGGUUGGCCUGGGAUUCCCAUAAUCCACCUGGUGGGGUUCAGAUGUGCCAGUCAGUAGGUAUGUGCAAUAUUGUAUUAGACAUUGAGACAAAGACGAAGAAACAUACUUUUAAAUGUACAGUAAAUUGUAUUGUAAAGAAGUAACACUGAAAUAUCAUUCCUUUUCUUGCCUAAAAUGAAAAGACUAUUUAUUAAAAAUAAUUUCUAGGAAAAGCGGCAAGUGUUUCGAUAGCAAUACCAUUCAAAUCACUUUGACUUUUUCUUUCUUUAUAUUUUUGCCUUUACUCUGCCUGAUCUGCUAUUGUAUCCCUUAUCACUGCUUUGUAUCCAGAUUGACUCUUUUCUCCUCCAAGGUGUACAAUAUGAACCUUGCAUACCAAGUAUGAAAUCCACCUGGUAAUGUAGCACCAUUUGCGCCAUUUUGGUUCAGACGUAACAAUCCAUUGGUUUUAUUCAAUAAAGAAUAUUUAUUUGA